AGUCGGUGUAUGAUGAACAUCUCCAGCAAGCUGGUUUAAGGCGACACUACAUCGCGUGGAUAUCGUGGUGAGGCCGACACCUUGUUUACCUUCAUCUUAAAAGAGGGGCAUAAGCCUACUUGAUAUAACUAGUACUGAGGUUUAGUGGCUGAGCUGGAGCUGUCACAGAGUGAAUGAUUGAUGAUCAAAGUUUGUACUAAGCGAAGUUGAGAUUUCUUUCCUGGUAAUACUGGCUUCUGAUCCUCAACCUUCCGUGUGCAUUCGACUUCAACUUCUACGGAAAGGUCAGUUCUACAAACAAUCCACUCAAACAUUUGGUCAAUCUAGCUAACUAUCACAGAUGGCAACCAGAUUCACCAGAACAUACCAUGAUGUCUACUAUUCCAAUAAUCUACCUGUUGAAACAUCGACUAGGACAGUUACAUAUACAGCGGAUGCGGGGUACACAUUUGUAUCAGGUGAAAUCACUGAAAUUUUCGGUGGUCCAACUGAGUUACCCAUUACAUCAACAGGGAAAAGCACCAUCCUCGUAACAAAGACCACUAUAGUGCCUUCCACAACUCUAGCACUGCCAACUUCCGCCUCGACCAUGGACACGACAGCCGUUGCCCUUAGUUCAAUUGCUAGUUAUAAUUCGAUUCAGGCGACAGCGACAGAUUCGUACACAAAAAGUCAUUUGAGUUCUGCGAUUAGUCAAUGGAGUAGCUGGGCUAGUUUGAGCAGUGGUACAACCACUCUCAUUUCAUCCAUCACAUCUACAGGCAAAUAUCCCACCACCGGUAUAACCGUCAUUGCCUUGAGCCAGAUAACUAGUUGGAACUCUAUUGCAUCUACAGCCACAGAUCCAAUAUUGAAGGGUUCAUUGCAAUCCGCCAUUAGUCAAGCAAGUUCCAUGGCUAGCUUGACUUCCGGUGCUUACACAGCUGUUAUUACAAUCUCUCCUUCUGAACAAUCUGCUAUCGACAAAUCAAACAAAGGUAGUGCUCGCGAUCGACUUACGUACACGGUGGUUUUGAGUGUUAUCGGUAUUUUGUUGCUCAUAGCUUCUAUCUGGAUGCUUGGCUACUACUUUGUACGAAAGCGUCGUCAGCGAAGAGGAAAAAAUAUGCCUCCACCUACGGAACAUCUUUGCCCAAAUAUAGAUUCUUUGGACGGUCUGAUGGUUGAGAUGGGUCGAAAAAGUGCCACCGGGGAGCAAGAGAGUAGUAGGGCUGAGGGACUUCAACCAAUGGUUUCAAGGACUCACAGUACUUUGCUCGAAUUAGAACCUCCGGAAGGAAUCGCGGAACUACCUGGCUCUAAUCCAGUUAUUGAAUUACCAGAAAAACGAGCGGAGUUAUAUGGUGAUGGGGCUGUAAAUUCGGAGAGAAUUCAUUACGAGGUCUGAGAGAGGAGUCUUUGAUGAUCACUUUCGAACUUCAUUUGCGGCCUUCCGAAGGUUGAUUUUGCGCAAAUAACUAGCAUAUAAAAACUAUAAAUGGACUUAUAUACUCAUUUAUAAUGUUUAUGGCUGUGUCAAGGCUAUAGAAGUGUUUAAGGCUGACAUACGACCUUGAGCUGAGUGUUUUCUCUAGAAUCUAAGUUCUUCCUGGCAAAUCUUUGGUUUAGAUGAAGUUAAUACGCUCUUGAACUAUAGACAUUGUAAAA